AUGUAUUUAAAUCAAGCUAAUGUUGAUCAACCAUGGAAUUUUACUAAAAAUUGUCCAUGUAUUAAUCUUACACGUAUUGGUGAUGGAAAUAUCGAUUGUUAUUGUCAACAAGAUGAACGGAAUACACAACAAUGUCAAAAUGGUAUUUUAAUAAUGGGUUACAAUUUUUUAUGUCCAACAUUAAGACGUUGUAUUUUUUAUGAUUCAUUAUGUAAAGAAAUGAAUACAUGUCGACAUGGUGAAGAUGAUAAUUUAUGUUAUCAUAAACGACGUCCAACGAAUAGAACAUGUUCAGGACAAAAUGGUUAUCUUUGUGGAAAACAUUUCGAGUGUCCAGAAUAUCGACCGCUCGAAGCCCUGCAAGUUCUAUCUAUCAGAACCUAUCGAGAUAAGUCCUUCGAUGGCCAUCGAAGUCCCAGAUCGGCUCCUCAGAGUGUCACUUUCGGAUAG